CUAUGACCUCCGCCAGGCACCGAGAGAGGGCCUAGGAGGAGGGACUAGAGGGAGGAGGGACAGGAGCGGCCCGUCUGACUGGUGCCCAAAGGUGGCGUCUACCUCGGAACAACUCAUUUUCAAACGGUUUUCCUUCGUCCUCGCUGUGAACCAUGCAAGCUGGGACUCCCUCGGCGCGGCACCCACCCCAGCAACCCCGGCACCAGCCCCUGAGAUUGUGGAGUCUCGGGGAGGUCAGAGAGGCAGGGGCAACAACAACAAAAACAACAAAAACAACAGAGGCACCAGCAGAAGCACCAACGCCCCUCACACUUUAAUCCCAGCAAGGCAGUCACUAGCAAUAGGAAAAGGAUAAGAAGGAGGAGGCGGCGGCGGCGGCUCAGUAGGAUGGAGUGAGGUGUGAGGUGUGUCGCUCCCACACCGCCACGCAGCAUCGUCAUGGCGGAGCCGCACCAUCCUCACUACCCGGACAAGGUGAACAAAGUGACGCAGACGGUGUUCGAUGCCCCCCAGCACACGCAGCAGCACCCCGGCACCACCUACGGCGCUGCUGUGCCCUACGACGAGAACAGCGCCGCCAAGGACCAAAACAAACUGCGCUCCCAGAUUGAGAUGUGGCUUCAGUCUGGGGAGAAGCCCUACGAGUGCGAGACCUGUCACAAGCGCUUUGCCCAGAAGAGCCACCUCAAUAGCCAUAUGCUGGUCCACACCGGGGAGAAGAAGUACGAGUGUGACCUUUGCGGCAAGAAGUUCACCAUGGAGAGCCACUUGACCGGCCACAUGCUGGUCCACAACACAGACAAGAAGUUUGACUGCGAGGUUUGCGGGAAGCAGUUCGUGCAGAAGAGUCACCUCAACGGCCACAUGUUGGUGCACAGCGAGAAGAAAUUUGGCUGCGAGAUCUGCGGCAAGAGGUUCAUCCUGGAGAGCCACCUGAACAGCCACAUGCUGGUGCACAGCGAGAAGAAGUUUGCGUGCGAAAUCUGCAACAAACGGUACUUCCACAAGAGUCACCUUAACAGCCACAUGCUGGUACACUGCGAGAAGAAGUUUGAAUGUGAGGUGUGCGGCAAGCGGUUCAUCCAGCGCAGCCACCUCAACAGUCACCGCUUCGUACACACGGAGGAGAAGCGAUUCGAGUGCGACGUCUGCCACAAGCGUUUCGCCCUCGAGAGUCACCUGAACUGCCACCGGAUCGUGCACACCGAGGAGAAACGGUUCGAGUGUGAGGUCUGCGGGAAGCGGUUCGCACAGAAGAGCCACUUGAAUAGCCACCACUUCGUGCACAGCGAGGAGAAGAUCUACGAGUGUAAGGAGUGUGGGAAGCGGUUCACGCAGGAGGUCCAUCUCAACAGUCACCGCUUCAUCCACAGCGACGAGAAGAAGACAGACACACAGGACUGGGGGCGGCGAUUCGCGCAGGAGAACCAAGUCAACGGCCACCGCUUCUUCCACAACGACCAGAAGCGCUACGAGUGUGAGAAGUGCGGCAAGCGUUUCUCCAUGAAGAGCCACCUCAACAGCCACAAAUUCAUCCACAACCAGGAGCAGAAGUACGAGUGUCUGGAUUGCGGGCGACGCUUCACCCAGAAGAGUCACCUGAACAGCCACCGCUUCGUGCACAGCGAGGAAAAGAUGUACGAGUGCGAGGAGUGCGGGAAGCGUUACUCCCAGCAGAUCCACCUCACCAGCCACCAGUACAUGCACAGUAUCGGCAAGAAGUUCGAGUGCGACGAGUGCGGGAAGAGGUUUAGCCUGGAGAGCCACCUCAACAGCCACCGCUUCAUGCACUCGGAAAAGAAGGGAUUCGACUACCAAGAGUACGCCAAGCUGUUUGCCCAGAAGAAUCACGUCAACAGCAUCGUCCUGGUCCCUAACGUGCCAAAUGUCUCGACUAACGUAUCGACGACUAACGAGAACAAAGUCACCCCUUAUGAGGAGACCAAUAAGAUCUUUAACCCGCAGCCCUACCAGCCGGCCUACCCGUAUGGCCAGCUGACGGGCCAACUCACGGACAAAGUGAGAACCCUGUGGCCACUUUAAACGGACAAAAAUCAUGUCGUCUCCCUUAGCAAACACACAAUUAUAAUACGGACUACAAAAACACUAAAAAAUAUUAUUCUCGACUUAUAGAAACCAAGAAUAUUAUAAACUUUUACGUGGAUGCUUUCCUUUUUUUUUCUUUUUGUAGGAACUUUGACCGACACUAGAAAGAGAAGGAGAGUCCCAUCGAAUGUCUCUCUCGAUAAACGAAGCUUACUGUGUAGUGACUUAAUUAGUGAAAAUCUACCGACACACCACUUUUUAGAAGCAAAGGCAACUACAGUGUUUCGAAGUCCCGGACACACGCCGUUUGAACUAGAACGAACAGUGACAUGCUCGAACCAGUGUGUGUGCGUGUGGGGGGGUGCGUAAUCCGGGAUCUAUAUUAGCGGUAAUUAUAGACGUUAUUACUACCUUACAGUGUACAGACCCUCACAAUAUGCCGAUUAUGUAGGAGACAGUGGCGGCCCCUCGCGAGCCUACACUGUGGCAAGGGGCUGUGUGUGUGUGUGUGUGUGUGUGUGUGUGUGUGUGUGUGUGUGUGUGUGUGAAAGGAAUAUACCCACUACUAAUGCUAUAUGUUAAUCUUUUGCAUAUCUCACUGAAAAUGCUCCUAGAAAAUGACUUGUUUGUGAAUCACUCGCUGAUUUGAAAAUAACGGACGGGCUAACUGUUUGAACGAGCGACCACACUGACUCUCUAGGUAAGUGGGUGGACAGACUUACAACUCAUCCUUCAGAAACACGUCGGCACCCUGCUACGGGCCGCUAUAACAUGGCUCGUGCUCCCCCCUUUUAGGAGGGAGCAUUCAUUAAACAACAACUCACGGACUGUCUAGGUAACCAACUGAGUGAAUAAUUUGACUGAAGCGUAAAGUGAAUGGUGGACUGACCGACUGACUGACAUGUUAACUGAAGGAAGGGCUGAUGAACUGAUACACUGACUCGUUGAAUGAAUACAAACUUUUCUGACUGAUUAAUUGACUAAAAUGAAUGAAAAGCUAAUCUAACUGAACAAGCUAAAUAAGAAAACUGACUGACUCGUUCAAUCUACUGACUGAAUGGCCGAUUGGCUGACUGACAGAAGGAACGACGAACUAACUAAAGGAAUGAAAAAGAACUGGACCGAUUGACUGACCAAUAAAUGAAUGAGCAACUGACUGACUGGUUCAAUAAUGCCACGUUCUCCCCCCCCUCCCCACUCCCAGGUCAGGUUACGUCUAUUGGUAUGUGUAUAUAUAUUAAUUUUAUACUCGUGCCUUGUGGUGCUAUAACGUUACCUUUGUUCCAUCAAAUUAUCGUACUGCAUAUAUCCGGUGUUAAGGCUCACCCAAGACUGUAAUACCACCACACCGAGCCACAGAAAAGGAGAGUGUGGCUAACCUCAUCACAGGCGCCGUGUUGAUACCAGAAGAGGCGCGCAAAAUUCAAACUCAUGCCGUUACAAUAGAGUAUGUGUGUGCCCUAGGUAUUUCGAGAUCUUGACAAUACCUAAACCACACAAAAAAAUAAUGUAUCAGCCUCAGUUUGAAUUUCGCGCGGCUCAUUUUGGUAGCAACAUGGCGCGUCAAACUCUCCUAUUCUAUGGCUCUGACUACCACCACAUAGCGAGGCAGUUAAACAAAGCAUAUUUCCCUCGUUUCCCGCCUUUUCCUGCCUCCCUAAGUUUGACAACGUUGCCUGGACUACCACUUUGGGAUAAUUGGGCGUCUUCAGAGAUCAUGUUAAAUCGUAACCACUAAUUAAGGAGGCGAUUAAACAUAUCUCAAAAGAGGUUUACUCAUCUUGGAGAGAGAGAGAGAGAGAGAGAGAGAGAGAGAGAGAGAGAGAGCAGCCCUAGAUAAACCUUAUACUUAUUACUACUAGCUUGUAUUCACGCUUCACUCAAAGGUAUAUAUUGUAUAAAAAUGCAAGCAAAUUGGCUGUAAAUUUAAUAAAAGCACAAGAAGCUAUUAGGCUAUUGUUAUAUUUGCUAUCCAAGGAAGGUUUUGAGUCAGUCUAUCUCACAUCUACAUUUUAAGGGUCGUUUGGAGUUCGUUGGAUGGAAGUAAUUAAGUUCUCAGAGUCGUUAAUAGUUGCUUUUAUCUCCUUAAGUGCUUGUUCUCUUCUGGGUAUCUUGUUAAAUAUAAUUAGGCACCAUUGAUGUUUCUCUGGGUCUAUCUUAUCUCGUAUUCUCAAACGCUUUCAGCUGUCACAACAUAUUUUCCAAGGCUACAAAGGAGAUGAAUCGGGUUCAGAUGUCUUCCUCUUCUUUUCUCUCUUCCUCCCUUCUCUAUUCCUUUACCACCACCACACAUCGUCUCCCUCUCUCUCCCUCUUUCCCUCAUUCCUCGUACCUGCUUUGCCUUACCAUCUUUCCAAUGGCUUUUCAUCCCUAUGGUGCAGGAAAAGCCUUGCCAAACUAUCACUAGGCUCCCAAAACCACCCUUGAAAAUACUAUCCGGCAGUCUCUACGAAAGCCUUGUCAGGUGUGCGUGGAUGUGUCGGUCCCGAAAUGUGUGAGAAUAUGGGUCCUGGUGAUAUUUCAGGUGAGGAAAUUUCCAUUGAGAUGACGACUUGAUAUUUGAUCAUUUAGUUCAUCAAAUUACCUGUAACCUGUGAAUCAACCAAUACGAACCAUUUGAAUCAACCUGUACCGCUGCUGAUCACUAACAUUAACCUCCGCAAUAUAUAACCCACUCACCUUUAAUGUAAUAAAGAGGUGUCACUGGUCCUUUAAUGUAGUGCCUGCGGAGUGUAGUGGUGCCCUGGUGGUGCCUCUGAAACCUGUGUAAUGUUUCAGUUUUGAGUUCAUGAACCCUUAGGCAGAGCUCGAAGCAGGGAGGAAACGAAGCCCGGGGUUGACGGCUUGGAGGCAGUGGACGCGUGGAGCCGAGGGAGGCCAUCAGCGUCAGGUGUCUCAACCCUCCAACAAGAUGCUGCUGGGAUGGAGAGAGCGAUGGCUUGCAGACACUGCACUGGCAGCAGAAGGCACCCAGAGAUACACCUUCAGGAGGUAUCUGCUCAGCCAUUUGGAGAGGGAAAAAAGAAAUGUUCAUCAACUUGAGAAAUUUUUUUUUUGCUGGUUUGGCUUGCUUACUAUCCUAUGAACUAUGUAUGAUAGUCUUAAAAUAAACUUGGGGGACACA